AUGUUGGGUGAUGGGAAUAUUUUCGAGUUGGGGAAGUGGAUGUAUACGUAUAGAGAUGCUAAUGGGAGAGUGAAGAAAGAAUAUCUCGAAGGGAUGGAGACAUUUAUGCAUCAAGAAGAUUCGACACAGCUCGCCCAGGAAAGCGCGACUUUCUUCUGGUUUGACAACUGGUUGGAAGUAGGGAAGCUUCUUGAUAUAACAGGCGAGCAGGGAACUCGUUAUCUAGGCAUUUUGAGAACUGCUAAGCAUGAUCAGGGUGAUUAUAAGGGGUUCUUUUCGGCUAGUAGGACUUGGGAUCAACUCAAAGAAACGCGUGAGAAAGUUGAUUGGAGCACUGUGGUUUGGUUCACACAGGCUGUUCCUAGAUUUUCAUUCAUUAAUUGGCUUGCAAUCAAGAAUCGGCUGUCUACAGGAGAUCAUAUGAGGGUUUGGAGUUUACAACAGGAGUGUUUGCUGUCUGGGGAGAAGAAUGAAACUAGGGACCAUCUAUUUUUCGCUUGUCCUUACAGCUACAUGGUUUGGAUACGGGUGACGGGAAGACUCUUUGGUACUCGCAUCACACCAGAUUGGCAGGAUACUGUUGUGAAGAUUCAAUAUGAUCGUCGAUCUAAGUUGGAUAAAGUUCUUGUACGAAUGGUGUUUCAAAUGACAGUUUACCAUGUUUGGAAGGAGAGAAAUGCAAGAAGGCAUGGGAAAGCUUGGAUACCUUUAGAGAAGCUGCCUUCUCAGAUUGAUAAGACUAUGAGGAACAUAAUCACAUCUCUGAGAUAUUCAUAUGGGGAUAAGCUAGAGGGACUGAUGAGGUGUUUGUUUGAAGUAACAAUCUGA